AUUACAGGAACCUGUAAUGUGUGCAUAACAGUAGCAGCAGCAGUAGCAGCAAAACCUGCUGCAGAAGAUGUUGAUGUGACAGCUGUGACGAGCAGCAGCAGGCGCAGAUGAGCGAGGAUAAUCGCGCGCGGGUGGAUAAUUGUGCGUUCUCGUGCGUCCCGAGGGUGGUUGUGCAUGCCCGGUGAGCAAACGCCGCGACAGACAAAUCGUCGAAAUCGUCGUGAUAGAUGCGCAAAACAAAGGAAUAUUCAUGGUUUCAAGGUUAAAAUCUGUUUGUUGCCCUCGCCAGCGUGUAAACAGCGACGUUGCAGCCACUGCCGGGGUUGGAGUGUUGUUUAAACACCUAGUGGAACAGUGGGCUGAGAAGAGGACUGUCUAGAUGUGACCUUGUUUCAAUCAGAAGAUAAUAAUCAACGUAAUAAUGGAUUAGGCUGAUUUUCAGCCCGUCUACACGCUUCAAAACAAUGAUUAAUUCAUGACGCCUCUCAGUUUAACUUAGGCAACCCACAAUACACCUCAUAGUACCACACACACACGAAGGUAAUACAAUACCCAAACAGGAAAAACACGUAUUUCUGGUUGCGUUCACAACUUUCGCACCAAUCCGCCACUCGUCGGGCGGCCAUGAUGAGUGACGAGCAGCGCACGCGCAAGUGGACGUGCGACUACUGCACGUACGAGAACUUCCCCUCGGCAAUAAAAUGCACGAUGUGUCGUGCCCCGCGUCCGUUUCAAUCGGAAGACAUCUUUGGUUUGUAUGAUCACCAUCAAUCGGCGGAGAAUGCGUCUCCGCAGGCGGAGUUACAACUAGGCGCAAGCGCAUGUCAACGUGCUGCGUCACCACCGUCAUCUUGUAAAGCAUGCACGUAUCUCAACAGAGGGCGCGACAAGUCAUGCAUUCAGUGUGGCACGGCGAAUAACCUGCAUGAACAUAUACAACCUCUACGGAUAUCGCCGAGUAAUGCUGAUUUGGCUGCUAGUUUACCAAGGUCACGGAAUAAUUCACCACCGGCGAGUUUGACGAAUUUGGAGAAUAGCAGGCGGAGUAAGGAGAGUAAAUGGAAUUGUAUUGUUUGUACUUAUGAAAACUGGCCACGGACGUUGAAAUGUGCAAUGUGCGGCAACACACCGAACAAUCUCUUCUCGCAAGCGUCCAGUCUGAUUUUAUCAUCACCCGAGCGAGAUGUUCAGAAUACCAGCACACCUAUAGAAUCCAUCUCGCAAACCUCAAAUAACUGCGAAUACGAACGUAAACUGCGUCAUCUCCGACGUCAAGCCGACUGGAACUGGUUGAAUGCCUGCAAUGGCGUCAUUGAAGGCGAUCCCAAUCCAGUCGAAGUCUACCUAUCCUCCGGUGGUGACCCAGCGCGUACACUGACAGCGUCCGAAGUCGCCAUCUUGAAUCGAUCUUCUGCAUUCGACGCAGGGCAUACAUUAGUCCAUCUAGCGAUACGUUUCCAACGCGAAGAUUUACUCGCCAUUCUUUUAUCCCAGAUAGAAGGUUCUGGAUCGGGUAUAAAACGCGUUCCGAGUUACGUGGCGCCCGAUCUGGCCGCGGAUAUCCGCCGCCAUUUUGCGACAACAAUCCGUCAGAGGAAAGGCAACUUUCCGUGCAAUUUCGUCACGGAAUUGCCUACAUUCGCGCUGCCUGCCGAAGUGGAUGAACUCCCAGCGCCGGUGCAAGAGCAGCUGUUUACGGAGUUACUGGAUAAAGACGCGCAGGAGCAAUUGGAGAGCGAUCCGGCUGUGAUAAACUGGUCGCUGGAUCUCACCGUACGGCUGGGGUCGAGGUUAUACGCGCUGUGGAAUCGUUCCUCGGGUGAUUGUCUGCUGGAUUCGGUCAUGCAGGCGACUUGGGGUGUGUUUGACAGGGAUAAUGCACUGCGGCGCGCUCUAGCGGAGAGUCUAAGUCAAGGUGGGCAUGUGUUUUAUCCCAGAUGGAAGGAGUAUGAGGCUAGCCACGCCUCUUUUUUGCAAUAUUCGCUUGAGGAGGGGCAGUGGAAGGAGGAUUGGAGGAGUUUGUUGUCGUUGGCUGGACAGCCGGGGACUAGUUUGGAGCAGUUGCAUGUGUUUGCGCUUGCGCAUAUACUCCGCCGGCCGAUAAUCGUGUACGGCGUGAAGUAUGUGAAGAGUUUUCGCGGUGAGGCGUUAGGUUAUGCGAGGUUUGAGGGUGUGUAUUUGCCGUUGUUGUGGGAGUCGAGUUUCUGUGUGAAGACGCCGAUUGCGUUGGGGUAUACACGCGGGCAUUUCUCGGCGCUGGUGCCGUUGGAGCCGUAUAGUCGGCUGGACAGUCGGCCGACUUCGCAGAAUCCCGAUCAGAUGCAGAGUACUUUCUUGCCGCUCAUGGAUAGGGAUAGGAAGUUGUUGCCGAUACAUUUUUUGACUGAAGCUGAGUUGGGUCGUGAAGAGAUUAUUCUGCGACAAUGGCUGGAUGUGUGUGAAACAGAGGAUGGUAUACUGGUUGCGCAGCAUUUCAUCACGAAGCGCCCUCUGUUGGUUGCUCAAAUGGUCGAGGAGUGGCUGAAUCAUUACCGGCGUCUUGUGCAAAUGUCGUCGGCUCCAUUUGUUAGACCUCUACCCAUUCAGGAUUACUCGAGCGAUGGCGACACCGACGAGGAAUAACGCAAACUGAACGCCAACGCCGCCCAGCGCCCCGCCUCGCACAACUAGCGCCCUCUGCUAUGCUAUGCUAUCCCCACCCUAUCCUAGAUUAUCACAUCACAAAGUUAUUCAUUAUUAGGCAGCUGGUAUUUGUUUGAAUCUCAAUCUAUGCAACCCAAUUCACUCUUUCGCACACACAACAAAAGAAAAACACAUUAAUGUGUUGCUUGUUAAUAAAAAACAAAAAGUACGUGUGAUAAUAAGAUGGCGGAUAAAAUUUACGAGAUUUUAUUGCGCAUGCGCACGCCGGGAAACAGUUUUUUGUGUGCUGUUGGUUGUCGAAUAUUUAUUUAUCGGGUUUAAUUGAGGUUAGAAUAUUUGUAAACCGUAGACGAAUCACUACAAGUGCUUUCUCUGAACGUCCCGCUGUCUGCGGACGCAUUGUAUAUUUAUAGAAUGUUUAACAUUGUUGCUUUUUGUUGUUAUUUUGCGAUUUAUUACUAAACAUACAGUGUGUUUUGUUCAGCAGACACACACUGUAUGUUUGCGCAUAUUUUAUUUAUUAUUUUUUUGAAGGGAGAAAGUUAUAUUAUAUUAUAACCUAGUUGUUAGGUUUAAUUAUUAUUUUUGUUUUGGAUUUGAUGCGUUUUUGGAAAUUUUAUCAUACAUACAUAGUGUCUGAGCGUAUUGUUCGCAAUUCUAUGUCUUCGUUCUCGCUCUCGUCUCUUCUCUUUACUGUUUAAAUCGCGUGUUUGUUGUUAGUUGACUUAAUGAGAGAAGAAACAAAACCUAACCAAAAAAAAAUGCGAAAGUUUCAAUUAGUAUGUUGCGAAAUCAACACAAGUUGUCAAAGUUGUAAUAAGAAGUUUACUGUCAAAUGUCAAAUUACGAUGAUGAGUUGAAUGCAAUCAGUGUGCGUGGAUGUGUAACUUUAAGCACACUGUAUGUGUAUCUGCUUGUUGCAAAUGCAAAAGUGACGAAUGGUGGCACACCGAACGAAAUUUACGAUUAUUGCAAUGGAUUACAAUGAUUAUUACAGAUUUAGACAUAUUCUAAUAUGAUUAUUAUUGAAUUUUGAAUUUAUUAACGAUUAUUAUAUGAGAUAUUGAGAAUAUUAUAUGAAUAUUGUUAACACAGUGUGUUAUAAACAGAAGAAUCUAGAAUAAAGCGUUCAAAUUAU